CAUAAAGCACACUCUCAAUACUGGGGCACUGCAAUCGACUCUUGUUCGGUUGCCUCAGGCUCUCAGUGUGGUAAAGCGAUAAUUUUAUCAAACUACAGGUCGAAGUUUAUUAUCUCCAGCUCAAUACCAACCACAGGAUCACCAAGGCAUUGAGCCUACAAAGAGAAAAGGAAACUCUUUGUCAAAGCCGGAAUAUUGGGUCCGUUUCCUUUGGCUCUGUUGUGAAUGAAGGCACUGGGUAGUUGGCACAGUUCAGUGGUUUCAAUAAAUUCUGGAUUCUAGAGACCACCUGUAACUGGUGGCCAUUCAACUUACCUGUCUGGAAGAGAUGACCAUUACAUUUCAAAGGCUGAGAGAAACAGUCCUUUAAAACAUCCAUUCAUCAAUAAAGUUAAUGACUUGGUCACAUCGGAAGCUGCUAAAAGUGAAUAAGCAAACAUCUCUACACAGUAAACCACAACUGGAUGUUCAGUAUAAGCAAACAGUACUGGACUGAUUUGGAUUAAUAUCGGACUGUGGUGCGACGGUGUUCCUAUAAUGGGAAAAACCGGCCAAAGCACAGUGGACCUCAACUCUCCUUCGGAUGUAAAGCAGGCAGUCCCAUUUGAAGACCUGGAUCACAACAGUGUUCCAGUGGAGGUGGAGAAGAAAGAUACAGUACCAGAUAGAGGAUCCUGGAAGGGCAAGUUUGACUUCCUGUUGUCCUGCGUUGGAUAUGCCAUUGGGCUAGGAAAUGUUUGGAGGUUCCCGUAUCUGUGUGGAAAGAACGGUGGAGGAGCUUUUCUGAUUCCAUAUUUGUGCACUCUGGUGUUCGCUGGUAUCCCAUUGUUUCUUCUGGAGACAUCAUUAGGACAGUUCACAUCAGUAGGGGGGCUGGGGGUGUGGAAAUUAAUACCCAUGAUGAAAGGUGUCGGUCUGGCUGCUGUGGUUUUGUCCUUCUGGCUGAACAUCUACUACAUCAUCAUCAUCGCCUGGGCUUUAUAUUACCUCUUCAGCUCUUUCAAGGCAGAGUUGCCAUGGCAAACUUGUGAUAACCCUUGGAACACUGACCGCUGCUUUUCCAACUAUAGUCUUAUGGAUACCACCAACCUGACCAGUGCUGUAAAUGAGUUCUGGGAGAGAAACAUGCAUCAGAUAACAAAUGGUUUGGAGGAACCUGGGGAAUUGCGAUGGCCAUUGGUUGGAACGCUGGCGUUAUCCUGGAUUCUUGUAUAUUUCUCAAUUUGGAAAGGUGUAGAGUGGACCGGGAAGGUGGUGUAUUUCUCUGCCACCUAUCCCUAUUUCAUGCUCUUUAUUCUGUUCUUCCGUGGGGUUACGCUACCUGGGGCUAAAGAUGGCGUCCUUUUCUACAUUACCCCUGACUUCAACAAGCUUUUAAAAUCAGAGGUGUGGCUGGAUGCGGCCACUCAGAUAUUUUUCUCAUAUGGUUUGGGUUUAGGCUCUCUUAUUGCUCUGGGCAGCUACAACCACUACAACAAUGAUGUCUACAGAGAUUCUGUUAUUGUGUGCUGUAUAAAUUCUUGCACCAGUAUGUUUGCUGGAAUCGUCAUAUUUUCCAUUGUGGGCUUCAUGUCACACAUCACAAAAAGACCCAUUGAAGAACUGGCUGCCUCAGGCCCAGGUUUGGCAUUUUUAGCCUACCCACAGGCUGUUACCCAGCUGCCCAUGUCUUCACUCUGGGCUAUACUCUUCUUUUCAAUGCUCAUGAUGCUUGGGUUGGAUAGUCAGUUUUGUACAGUGGAAGGCUUUAUAACAGCUCUGAUGGAUGAAUAUCCCACAGUCCUGAGAAAGAGAAAAAAAGUCUUUAUCCUUAUUGUCUGUAUAAUAUCCUUCAUCAUCGGCUUCUCCAACAUCACACAGGGUGGCUUGUACGUGUUUAAAUUGUUUGACUACUAUUCAGCCAGUGGAAUGUGUCUUCUGUUCCUGGUCUUUUUUGAAACAAUCUCAAUUUCCUGGUUUUAUGGGGCAGAGAAAUUCUAUGAAAAUAUAGAAGAUAUGAUUGGCUAUCGGCCCUGGGGCUUCUGGAAACACUGCUGGAUUUACUUUACUCCAUUAAUCUGCUUUGGUGUAUUCACAUUCAGCGCCAUUGAAAUGACUCCUCUGACACUGGGGAAGUAUGUGUACCCGCCCUGGGGUCAGGGCAUCGGGUGGCUUAUGUCUCUCUCCUCUAUGAUUCUUAUACCUGCAUAUGUUAUCUAUAUGUUUAUCACCACCAAAGGCAGCAUCCGACAGCGUUGGCAAAAGAUGACCAGCCCAUCUGAGCUCAAAACCCCAGACACCAAUGAUAUCACGCAACAGCCCCCACAGACAGGAAGCAUGGGUGAAGCUUCUGUCUGAAAUAAUUUCCUCUUUUCUGUACAAUGUGCGGUAAAGACAGUGACCUGUGCCAAAAUCUAUUUCUUCCAUUCUUUCGGACUUUCCUUGAAAUCUGAAAGCAGUCUGAAGUGAACCACACAUACACGACUUUUAUCCUGCAUUUUAUGUCACUUCGUCCCUCUCUAAAGUUGCAUUGUGAGCCACAUAUGUGAGGUCUUCCUAGAGAAAGUUAUUUCAUUCAGUCUCAAGAUAUGAUUUAGCCACAUGUUCGCCUUUGCACGGUAUUUGGGGCUGGAGCAAUUUCCGGCUUUUCUGGCCAUAGGCAAGGUACACCCUGGAUAGACUGCUAAUCUAUUGCAAAGUAUAGUCUAUAUCGUUUUAGCAUUUAUAUUAGAGUGGUUCAUCUUAAAGGCCUGUCACAAAAUGUACAUUGUCUGAAAGCAGUUAAAGAAAAAGUGGAAAACAUGAAUAAAUCUGGGCAUACUGUCAAUCACAUUUUGCAUUCACUGCAUUUUAAUGGUUUGUCUGUGUGACAUGAACAAAAUAUAAAAAUUCAAAAUAGUUAAAAAAAACUUUAGCUCACAAAUUUAAACAUAAAUCGAGUUAUUAAAACAAAAACACGUUUUUGUUUCAGCAUUCCAUAAAGAUUUUCGUCAUGCAAGUAAGGAAAUAUAGUUUAUUUGCAGAACACAGAAAAUGUAAACACUGACUGAAUCCACACAAUACAAUCCCAGCCCAUCAGCAUGCCUUUUUGCACCUCCCAUGUGUUCAAUACUUUUACCCUGUGUCAUUCCAUUUUAUUACACAUAACUGAACUUUUUUCUUUUGUUUUUGUAUGUAUGGAUUACUUGGGUUGUUACCAUUUUGUAAAUUUCAUGUCAACAGCACCUUUAGAAAUAUAUUUACUGAGAAGAAUGGUGACGUGUUCAAUACGUUUGUUACCCACUGUAUAUCAUUUUUAUAUGCAGAUUAUGUGGACCUUAAGAUUUAUUUGAGAACACUUGCAUUGGACAACUUGUUGAUGACAGAAUUCUAAACAUGGUGUAUGCUUUGUCCAAGGUCUAUAAAAAUUUACCAAAGCUUCAAAAAUAACUUUUAUUUCACUGUUGCAGCGCCCUCUGUCCUCACAUCUGCUACAGCACCCCCUGUCUGUCUCUACAUCGUCCACUGUGGCAUUCCCUGUCAUUGUCCUGACGUCCGCUGCAGCAUCCCAUCAUUGUCUCACCGUCUGUUGCAGUUCCCUUCUCAAUCCGUCUCGUCUCGUCACCUACAUUAUCCCCUCAUGCUCCCUCAUCACCUUGUUCCUUACCUAGGUCCCCUUCUGUGUCCGUGUCAUCCCUCAGUUCCGCCCCUGUCCUGGGAAGCCCCGGAUGUCCUUCCAGGCCCUCACCCUUGCCUGUGCCUACCCUCUG